GCUGGAGAAGCGAGAUGGGAGUUGGGGAGUGUUGCUGGACAGGAAGUCUUUCUUCCUGCUUCUGCUCCUUUGCACUCAGGUAGAAAAUGAACAACAAGAAAGGUAUUAGCUUGUAGUGGUCUGACAUGCCGGUCUGGCCAGCCAGGAUUCUCGAGACGAUAGAGCAAUGGAGUUCAAAACCUAUACUGGCCACUGUGCUUCUUGCAAUCAAUUUCUGGACCUCAAUUUGCCAUUUUGUGUCCAUGCACUGGACAAUGAGGCUGGCCGCGGCAGCCCUGUUUCUGAGUCUCACGCUGGUGGUCACCAGAGACAUGGAGGAAGGCGACUUGUGUUUGUACGAGGCUCUGUCUGACGCCGAUGCUGUCCUCUGCAAGGGCCUUGAAGUUUUCUACCCAGAGCUGGGGAACAUUGGCUGCAUGUUUGUUCCUGACUGCAACAACUACAGACAAAAGAUCACCCACUGGGCUGAGCCCAUAGUCAAGUUCCCUGGGGCCUUGGAGGGCGCAACCUACAUCCUGGUGAUGGUGGAUCCAGAUGCCCCGAGCAGGUCUUCACCCAAAGCUCAAUUCUGGAGACACUGGCUGGUAACAGAUAUAAAG